UCCAGAGCCCUUUGCUGCAGGCCCUACUCUGGGGGUGAUCUUAAAGCUGUCCCCAGGAUGUGGCUUCUGCAGCCGAGGCCUCGGGCCUCCUGGUGUCUGUCCACAGCAGCCUUGCCUGGCAGUGUUCUAUGGGGUAGGAAUUGUGUUUGGAGCGAAUAAACCUCAAACCUCAACAGGAACCCCAAACCUGACCCAGGAACCCAGGCAGCAUCAUUGGAGAGCUGGUCCCCUAGGAUGACAAGCACAUCUGGGAGAUUAUAUGGGUGCUCCCCUGGUUUGGGGUCCCCACCCCAGUGGGCCUGCUUGGAGAUAAGUGGGGGGUUUGCUGUUGGGUCAGGGCACUUCAAGUCCUCUAGGACUGGGGACUCACGGAGACCAAGACUAAGUAGACUUUUAGGACCAAGGGAUUAUAGGUAGGUAGAGAACUCUUGAGCCCCAGACUCUUUAUCAGAGGCACACCAAGAUGACAGACCCAUGCUGUUAGAGUGUCCCAGAGCUGGAAAACUCAGAGCCACAGAACAGGGAGGACAGGGGUCAGAGGGAGGCAGGGACAAAGGCACUCUCGGGCCCCAGACCAGGAGGCUCUGGGAUCCCCCCACCCCAAGGCUGGGAUUCUAACUGUUCCCACGCUGAGGUUCCCUCUGUGGCUGGUCUCAUAAUCUCCAGUGCUCCAGGGUCAGCGGGCAACCUCAGCUAGAGAGGCAGGGAGGAGGGCGGGCAUUUGGUCUGUCCUUGCAGGGAUGCAGAUCCCAGGCAACCAGGCCUUCUAGGUUGUUCCGUGGAUUCCAGAAAUGGGGAUUUUUGAAAUGAAGUAGCCCCGAGUUUUCACUAUUGGCAACUAAUUUCAAAAAGUGUUUUUAAAGCACUGUCCAGAUGAAACAGGAUCCCACAGCAUCUCUUGACCCAGAGCCUGGUGCCAUGGAGGAUCAAAGCCACUGUGUAGGAGUCGUGAGACCUCUGUUUCCUCCUCUGUAAAGUGGGAAUGAUAACGGUACUGGCUUCUAAGGUUGUGCCGAGGAUAAGUGAGCUAACAUGAGAGGUGCUUAGGCCCAGCCCGGGAAGGAGCCAGGACUCUGUUUCCGCCUUGCCCCAGGCUGCCCAUCCCUCCCCCGCCAGGCUGCCUCCCAGCGGGCCGCACUCGGUGCCACAGGAGACUCCCCUUCUUCCAGUGGGCUCCUGAUGUGUCACCCCGCCCUGGGACCGCGCCCUGAGGGUGUUGGAAGGCAGGGAAUGUUCACCCCUUGGGGCCCUGGAGGAGGAGCAGGCCGAGGAGGCAGAGCUGGGAGGGCAGGCCUAGCCGGUGCCUGGUACAUAGUAGGUGCUCCAUAAAUGUUUAUUGAAUGAAUGAAUGGAGGCCAUGCAGGCAGAGGCAGCCGCGCGUGUGCAGGCACUGGUGAAAGAGCGGGUCCAGUGGAGACUGGAGCCAGGUGACAGAUGGGUCUCUUCCUUCCUGCCCCAUCUCUCGCGCUCCCUCCUCGGAGCUUCGCUCUGCAGCCUCCCGUGGGAAUCGUGGGAAUCGUCUGAAGUUCUGAGCCCAGAACCGGAGGAGGAGGAAGAGGAGGAGGAGGAGGAGGGAGAGGAAGUCGAGUCUCGGAGAGCCUGUGCACCUUCCCAGAAACAGGCAGUGGGGGUGUGUUCCGGUGUGUGUCCCGGUCCCGGUGGCCCACGCCUGCCGCUAGCGCCCCGGAGGACCCCCCCACCCCCCGCAGUUGGCACUGGCCGUGUCUGCUUCUCCCGGGGCCCCUGUGCUGGGGGUCGCCCCCAAGAUGGUGGCGGCCCCAGGGAGGACUGUGCCGCCAGCCCCAGCCUCCUGCUGCUAGGUCCCCCCACGCCCCGGCCCCCCUGCCCCUCUGAAGCCCGGCCUUCCCCGGGCGGGGGGGGGGCCGCGGCCGGCGCCAUGCUGCGCCUGGGGCUGUGCGCCGCCGCCCUGCUGUGUGUGUGCCGGCCCGGUGCCGUGCGCGCCGACUGCUGGCUCAUCGAGGGCGACAAGGGGUACGUGUGGCUGGCCAUCUGCAGCCAGAACCAGCCGCCCUACGAGACCAUCCCGCAGCACAUCAACAGCACUGUGCACGACCUGCGGCUCAACGAGAACAAGCUCAAGGCUGUGCUCUACUCCUCGCUCAACCGCUUCGGGAACCUCACCGACCUCAACCUCACCAAGAACGAGAUCUCUUACAUCGAGGAUGGCGCCUUCCUGGGCCAGUCGAGCCUGCAGGUGCUGCAGCUGGGCUACAACAAGCUCAGCAACCUGACCGAGGGCAUGCUGCGCGGCAUGGGCCGCCUGCAGUUCCUCUUCGUGCAGCACAACCUCAUCGAGGUGGUGACGCCCGCCGCCUUCUCCGAGUGCCCGAGCCUCAUCAGCAUCGACCUGUCCUCCAACCGCCUCAGCCGCCUGGAUGGCGCCACCUUCGCCAGCCUGGCCAGCCUCAUGGUGUGCGAGCUGGCCGGCAACCCCUUCAACUGUGAGUGCGACCUCUUCGGCUUCCUGGCCUGGCUGGUGGUCUUCAACAACGUCACCAAGAACUACGACCGCCUGCAGUGCGAGUCCCCGCGCGAGUUCGCCGGUUACCCGCUGCUGGUGCCCCGGCCCUACCACAGCCUCAACGCCAUCACCGUGCUCCAGGCCAAGUGCCGCAAUGGCUCGCUGCCCGCCCGGCCCGCCAGCCACCCCACGCCCUACUCCACCGAUGCCCAGCGGGAGCCCGACGAGAACUCGGGCUUCAACCCCGACGAGAUCCUCUCGGUGGAGCCGCCGGCCUCGUCCACCACGGAUGCGUCGGCGGGGCCCGCCAUCAAGCUGCACCACGUCACCUUCACCUCGGCCACCCUGGUGGUCAUCAUCCCGCACCCCUACAGCAAGAUGUACGUCCUGGUCCAGUACAACAACAGCUACUUCUCCGACGUCAUGACGCUCAAGAACAAGAAGGAGAUCGUCACACUGGACAAGCUGCGGGCGCACACCGAGUACACCUUCUGUGUGACCUCGCUGCGCAACAGCCGCCGCUUCAACCACACCUGCCUGACCUUCACCACGCGGGACCCCGUCCCUGGCGACCUGGCGCCCAGCACCUCCACCACCACCCACUACAUCAUGACCAUCCUGGGCUGCCUCUUCGGCAUGGUUGUCGUGCUGGGCGCGGUCUACUACUGCUUGCGUAAGCGGCGCGUGCAGGAGGAGAAGCAGAAGUCCGUCAAGGUCAAGAAAACCAUUCUGGAGAUGCGCUAUGGGGCAGACGUGGAUGCCGGCGCUGUGGUCCACGCCGCCCAGAAGCUGGGCGAACCCCCCGUGCUGCCCGUGUCCUGCAUGUCCUCCAUCCCCUCCAUGAUCGGGGAGAAGCUGCCCACCUCCAAGGGGCUGGAGGCCGGGCUGGACACACCCAAGGUGGCCACCAAGGGCAACUAUAUCGAGGUGCGCACGGGCGCGGGCGGGGAUGGCCUGGCCCGGCCGGAGGAUGACCUCCCGGACCUGGAGAACGGCCAGGGCUCGGCCGCUGAGAUCUCCACCAUCGCCAAGGAGGUGGACAAGGUCAACCAGAUCAUUAACAAUUGCAUCGAUGCCCUCAAGCUGGACUCGGCCUCCUUCCUUGGGGGGGGUGGCGGCGGCGGGGACCCCGAGCUGGCCUUCGAGUGCCAGUCCCUCCCCGCGGCCGCCGCCGCCUCCUCAGCCGCCGCCCCGGGGGCGCUGGAGCGCCCCAGCUUCCUCUCACCCCCCUACAAGGAGAGCUCCCACCACCCCCUCCAGCGCCAGCUGAGCGCCGACGCCGCCGUGGCCCGCAAGACCUGCAGCGUGUCGUCCAGCGGCUCCAUCAAGAGCGCCAAGGUCUUCAGCCUGGACGUGUCCGACCACCCGGCUGCCGCGGGGCUGGCCAAGGGCGACUCCAAGUACAUCGAGAAGGGCAGCCCCCUCAACAGCCCGCUGGACCGGCUGCCGCUGGUGCCGGCGGGCGGCGGCGGCGGCGGCGGCGUGCACCACCUGGAGGUGCAGCCCGCCUACCACUGCAGCGAGCACCGGCACAGCUUCCCCGCCCUGUACUACGAGGACGGCGCCGACAGCCUGAGCCAGCGCGCGUCCCUCCUCAAGCCGCUGACCCGCUCCAAGCGGGACUCCACCUACUCGCAGCUCUCGCCCAGACACUACUACUCAGGUUACUCGUCCAGCCCUGAGUACUCAUCCGAGAGCACGCACAAGAUCUGGGAGCGCUUCCGGCCCUACAAGAAGCACCACCGGGAGGAGGUGUACAUGGCUGCCGGCCACGCCCUGCGCAAGAAGGUCCAGUUCGCCAAGGACGAGGACCUGCACGACAUCCUCGAUUACUGGAAGGGGGUCUCGGCCCAGCAGAAGCUGUGACCCUCUCCUUCCCGGUGAGGCCAGAGCGGGGGAGGGCUGGGGGCACCCCCCCCGCCCCUCGCCCCGGGGAAGGGCCCGGCGGCCGGGCAGGGGGAGGGGGCGGCGCCGGGGGGCGGCGGCCGAGGAGCGGACGCACACGCACACCCGCACGCACGCACCCAUGCACACACCUGACCACCACCUGACUGUGAACAGCCACCACCCGACAACAACGGACAGGAAAACAAAGACACGUUCUCCUUAAAGUUUACACACUGAUACCGAAACCAGUCGUCUUUACUGUGCUGCCCAGGGACUCUGCUGGGGUGUGCGGGGGGGUUGGGGGUCUGGGGGGCGGGGCGCAGGCUGGGAAGCCAGAAGGGGGUGUGGGGUCUGGGGCUCUGGGACUAGGCAGAGGAGUGUGGGGCAGAGAGAGGGUCCUCCCCCACCCCCCACUCUGGGGACAGGUCACUUGGAGAUUUAGCACCAGGCAGACAUUGGGCCUCAUUUCCUUUCUUUUAUGGCUGGGGAAACUGAGGCCCAGAGAAAGGAGAUGAUCACUCCAGGGCCACGUGGCAGGUUAGGCAGUUUCCCAACUUCCCAGGCCAGUGCUAUCCCCCCCACCCUUCGCCCGCCACCCCCUUCCAGAGCUGUGGGUCUCCUGGGGCUGAGGGACUUGAGAAAUCAGGCAGGUGCUUUUCCUUUCUAGAAAGCCCCAUGGCCACGCCCCCGAGCGUGGAGCUGUGAUUCAUCACGCUGGGGGUCGUUCGCCCCCCCCCACCCCAACGCCAGCACCCAGGAGAGACGGGAGGUCUUGCUUGCAAGAGAGGAGCAGAGGCACGGGGCCGUUCCACCAGCCCCCUUCAAGUGUCUUCCAAGUAGCCUGGGAGCUGCUUCUGGGGUCUGAGGAGAGAGCAGGUGGGCGUGCUCCCACCGCCUCUCAGGUGCAGGCCCCCUUGCCCCAGCCCCCUAGCUUCUCUGGGCCUCUAGGACCCCUACUCAUCCCAGAGGGCAGCAGUGAACUGUGAUGCCUGGGAGCAGUAGGGAGGCAGGGUAUAAGGGGGGGGUCUUCCUGCCUGGGCCCCCCACAUCCUGGUCUCCCACCUGCCUGACCCCCAUCAUGGGAUUUUGGGGCAGCAUCUCGGCCUGCCCAGGGGGAGGAGGGCUUUCCCAGGCUUACUCACCCACCACCUCUUGGCUGCCCCUCCUUGCCCCACCCCCUGGCCAGAGGGGCUCCCAUGUUUCCAUGGAGAUGGCCGCUUCCCCCCUUGCUGACCCCCAUCCAACAUCGAACAAAGCACAAACAGUGAGCAUCACCCCCCUGCUGGGGGUGGGGGGGAAGCAGGCAGGUUCGUAGGGCCCCUCCCUCUCCCUGGCCAGCUUCUGUCGCCAUGGCAACCCAGGGCCUGGCAGUUGGGACUGUUGGGCUCCUGGGGUUUCUCUCUCAGUGUGGGCAGCAGAGGGUGGUAAGGGAGGGCAGGCCCAGGCGGCCGCAGCCUUUUUCAACAGCUAGGGGCUUUCAGGGUCGAGUCUGGGGGGGUGCGCAAAUCUGGGGUCCUGAGACUGUGGGGGCUUGAACACACUGUCAGGGUGCUGAGGGGCCCUUCACCUUUGAUUAGGACGUGGGCCAGUGGGGGAUGGGGACACCUGUAGCCUUGCCCACCUGCCAACGUGCUCCUUGGCUCCCCACCCACCUCAGGAUGGGGAGGAGCCCACUCAGCUCCCCCCCACACCCCUGCCGGAGACCCCCAGCCUCUGGCCUGUCACCCCCUUGGGUUUCUUGAGAUCCGGGGAGUGUGGCUGUGGGGUGAGGGCGGGCACUGGGGUGGGACUAAGACCUGUACUGUGUGUGGGGGGGUUGCUGACCAGGAAAGCUCGGGCCAUCUCCUGGGUUGGGGGGUGGUCUAGUGACCUUCCUUCCCGGGGUAGAGACUGGGGGAGGCCUGCUGGGGGGUGCUAGGGCUCAACUGAGCACCUCUCUUACACCCACUUGGGGGACAGACCAAACCCAGGGCUCAUUUGGGGGGUGACAUUUGCCAAGAAAGGACUGUUCUUCUGGGGAGUAGAGAGGAGGGGGCCAGCAUGGAUAUGCAGAGCAGACCUCCCUCAACUCCCGAAACCUGCCCCCCCAACCCCUCCUCACACCAGAUUGGCAAAACUGAGAACAGCAAGCAGGCAAAGCCAGUGGUGUGAGAAAGCAGAUUCCUGUUAUAUUUGCAUGACGAUUUUACUGUAUUUUUCUGAGCAAACAUCUGUCGUGUAUGUGCCAGUUUGUCCAGACUCCCAGGCCCCCCUCCCCGCCGCCCCCCCUUGCCCACAUUCCCUCUGUUGUGUUCAAGCAGCUCUUGAAACCUGGGGAGGGGCCAGCUCUGCAAAAGACCCAAAACAGGUGCCACUGAAACGCAGCCCCUGCCCCAUACCCGUUUCCUUUCUCUCUGAAUGUUGGACCCACGAGUGCCACCUCGCCCCGUGGGCCCCCGGUUUCGUGCCCUCGCCCUUUCCCCUCCUCCCUGCCAGGGAAGGGUAGCACCAGGGAAGGGAGUGUGGGGGGAUCUCUUUGUCCCACUUGCUGUCAUUUUUCAGAUGAAGACGUUGGGGACCCCCGAAGAAGGAAGGGGGCUGGGCGACUUGGCUACCAGGCUGGGGGGCAGUCACACUGCUGAGUCCGGGGGGCUAAGAGCUCGGGGGUUCAUGGGUGGCUUUAUGGGGAGACUGGGGGUCCUGAGGGAGGAACCCAUGGAAGGAGCCGGGGCCGGGGUUGGCCUGGUCUUACGGGAGAUGACGCUUCCCACAGGGAGGGUUCCCGGCAGCGGGAGCCCCCCACCCUUGCCAUUCCCCCAUCAUUCCUGGUUGAAGAUGACCUAUAAAAACCUCAGACCAUCUUACUUCGGGAGCUUUAAGGAUAGGUCUCCCUCUUAACAGCGAGGGUCUUGCCACUCCAGGAGGUAAACGACCUUCCCAACCUAGAUCACACCAAUCUUUGAGGCAGAAUAGGAUCUAACUCGGGCCUCUGGCCUCCUGGCCAGGCUGGAUCUUCAGCUGCCCGGCCAGUCCCCUUGGAUCUGCGAGAGGGGCCAGUGCACUGUAGCCCACCCUGGAGGUUUUCCUGCCUCUGUGUCCUGUGCCCUAUUCAGGACCAUUCUUCCUCGGCAGGGAGCAAAAUACUCAUGAAAGACGAAUGAACAUUUGUGUCAUGGGGUCCGGCCGGCUGAGGCCCCGUGUUUGUAAUGGCCAUGAGCACGGUGGGCCUGGGCCAUGGCCUGGGCAGACGGGGAGGGCAGGCAGCCAGGAGAUAAGGGAAGGGGGCUGAAGGGGGGAAGGGGGGGCAAGCCGGCUGGAGGAGGUGUGGGUGCCGUACCCUGGACCUCCCGGGGGAGGCCUCCUUGCCUUGGGUCAUGCGUGGGCUUUGCUGUCCCUAUCAGAGAAUCUCCAGAGGAAAUUCCUGGGUGCCUGUCGCUGGAGAGUGGCAUCAGGGGGGGGGCUACUCUCCUCACCUGGAGGGCUCGCCCUGCUAACCCUCUGUUGGAGCUGAUGGCCUUCCAGAAGUGAAACGUGGAGGUCUGGAAGGGGGGAAAAAAACCCAAAACAAAACUUUAGUCUGAUGUGAAUACCUCCUCAGGGGUCCCGGCGCCUGCCCCUGCCUGCUGGAGGCCCCUUGCCUCCACACCCUUCUUAGGCUGCCUGGGUCCAGGCUG